AUGUCUUUGUCAGAGCUCAGCGAGCAGCAACGAGCGACCAUUACUGACCGAGCGCGAAUAUGGGAAGUGCGACGCUUUUGCCAGGUGUUGCCAUCUGUCGUCAAAUACGUGCGCGGCUCAAAUGCAGGGCUGACGAGCACGUCUUCGGAGCCGUACGGAGGAUACUCCGGGACUAAGCCGGACGGUGCGCUUGCUGCAUUGCUGCGUUGCAUUAUCCAUCAGACGGGCGCCGACCUGGCAAUGGUCAGCCUGCUAGACGACCAUACUCAAUACUUUAUCUCGGGGGCCAGUCAGACCAAUGCAGAGGAAACCAAAGUCACAUUAGGUGAGUACAUUACAUAUCAAUGCCGUGGUGUAGGCACUCUAUUCGAGAGUCUAACUUCUACAGAAGACUCGACGAAAUGGUAUGGGUGCGAAUCAGUAACUCAUCAUGGGGGCUUAUGUGAGCGGACCAUUACGAAGCGGAAUGAGCCAGGGAACAUGGCCAUUUACGAAGAACUUGACAUGGCGGCGUUGGAAAGGACCAAAGACCUGCCUUUUGUAAUGGGCGAGAUCGCCAAGUUCAGACAUUACGCUGGUGUGCCUUUGAAUCCUUACGGUGGGCCGAAUAUCGGCACCGUGUUCAUAUUCAGCUCAUCGCCGUCGGUGAGUGGUCUGUCCCCCGCCCACCGUUCGUACUUAUUUGAAAUCGCCUCACACAUUAUACGACAUUUGGAAAGAGCAGUAGAAGCAUUGGAGGGUCAACGUGUGAUGAAGUUCAACCAAGGUGUGGCUUCGUUAUUGAGGUUGGGUUCCUCUGCAGGACUGGCGGCUGAAUCUGCACAUGAGCAACAUUUAUCAGAGAGUCAUAAUGGACAGCAAUCUCUGGUAUCAAACCUAUAUAACGAUUCGGCCUUACGAUUGUAUCAUCUGUCAGCGACCCUGAUACACGAUGCUUUCGAAUUCGAUGGAGUUCGAAUCCAAGAAUUGGGUCCUUCAGAUAACUUUGUCAACAGAAAUCCCGCCUGGAAUGGCUCUAGCAUGUUGGCAGAGCAUCUAGGGCCAAAGGCGCAUAGGCCUCAACAUCUAAGCCAUGCACUAACCAGCCGACUACUCCAACUGUUUCCACAAGGAGCUGUCUUCCAAGUACUCGAAGAGACAGGCCAGAUUGUUGCUGCAACGAGUGCAAGCGAUGUUGCUCUAGUUGACGAUACAAUCAUAUCCACGGAGCUUUCGAGAUCCUUUCCAAAAGCGGUACAGGUCGUCUUGAUGCCGCUCUGGGACACCUUUCACGAAAGAAAUAUUGGCGCAGUCUUAGGAUUUGCCAAUACCCAGGCUAGAGUCUACCUCGGCUCGACGGAUCUUGCGUCGAUUUCUGCAUUCUGCACGACAAUAAUGACGCAAGUACGACGUCUCGAAGCACAAGCUAUGGACAAGAUCAAAUCAGAUUUCCUUGGAUCAGUGUCUCACGAGAUGAGGACACCUCUCCACGGCAUUUUGUCAAGCCUUGAGCUUCUAGCCGAUACACCACACAACGCGCACCAACAUGACUUACUAGAAACGGCAAGAUACAGCGGCUUAUCACUACUUGAUACCAUAGAACGUGUUCUGUAUUUCAGUAACAUAAGCUCUGGAUCACAUUGUCUAGAACAAGCAAGAUCCAAUGAGUCGGCAGACGGAAUCCUUCAUCCGUCAAGUCUUGUACACCACCACCCGGCAGCGUCCCCAGUGGAAAGUGACACCGUGGAGGUCGUUAGCAUUUGCGAAGACAUAAUUCAUAGUGAGUCGCAAAGACUACGUCUCAAGGAGGCUGUUCAAUCUGAACCGUCCAUUGGUUAG